AUGCGUAUUGUGAAGUUUCCAUGGUUCUCACACCAUGAGGAGUCGCGAGACUAUGAAAUAUACACUGUUGAUGUGAGUCCCGAUGGUAAGCGUGUUGCUACGGGUGGUCUUGAUGGUAAGAUACGGAUAUGGUCUGUAGAUGCGUUAGUGAGUGCUGCUGCUGGAGAAUCUGGAGUUGAUAGAGAUACUCAUAGGCCAUUAGCCAGCAUGAGCAGGCAUACUGGAUCUGUAACUUGUGUGAAAUUUAGUCCCGAUGGGAACUACUUGGCUAGUGGAUCUGAUGACCGUAUUUUGUUGAUAUGGGCCAUGGAUGAAGAAAACCACGGUGGUUCUUUUGGGUCAGAGGGUGAGAAAGAGCACUGGACAGUGCGGAAGCGGUUAGUGGCACAUGAUAACGAUAUUCAAGAUAUAUGCUGGGCGCCCGACUCAAGUAUAUUAGUUACUGUAGGUUUGGAUAGAUCUGUAAUUGUUUGGAAUGGGCUAAAUUUUGAAAGGUUAAAAAGGUUUGACGUCCAUCAAUCUCUGGUAAAAGGUGUCAUAUUUGAUCCCGCUAAUAAAUAUUUUGCAACGGCGUCAGAUGACAGAACAAUGCGCGUGUUCAGGUACCAUAAGACUGGUGAAGUAUCAUUUACAAUAGAACAGGUUAUUGUAGAACCUUUUAUUGCUUCACCAUUAACUACAUAUUUUAGAAGACUAUCCUGGUCCCCAGAUGGUCAGCAUAUUGCUGUGCCGAAUGCUACUAAUGGGCCAGUUAGUUCUGUUGCAAUCAUAAACAGAGGGACAUGGGAUUCGAGUAUCAGUUUGAUUGGCCAUGAUGCACCAACAGAGGUAGCCCGGUUUAACCCUAGAUUAUUUAAAUCAGAUGUCGAGAAAAAGGCUAAAAAUGCAAAAGAUGAAUUAAGUAAAGAUACAAAAAAUAAUAAGAAGUUGGAGUCCAUUAUUGCAACUGCUGGCCAGGACAAAUCAUUGGCAUUGUGGAUAACAAGCAGGCCUAGACCUAUUUUUGUUGCAUAUGAUAUAGCUCAAAAAUCAAUAACAGAUAUGGCUUGGAAUCCCAAUGGGAACAUUCUUUUUGUUACUUCUUUAGACUCAUCUAUUGUGAUGCUAAUGUUUGAUGCAAACGAGCUUGGUAUGCCUAUACCGAUUGAAGGAAAUAUGGAACAAUUACAUAGAUAUGGUGUUGAUAAGGACUCUUUUGACUUACCCGAAAGUGUCAAUCAAUUACUAUUAGAGGACAAAUAUGGUACUAAGAAGAAACAACAUGAAUUAUCCAGUAGCACUCAAUCCACUGCUCUCGAAAGAAGACUGGAGCCCAAUCAGUUCCAAAAGAAAAUUAAUUCAAGAGAAAUCUCACCAUUAAAAUCCACAGAGAAGGUUAACAUUCUCAUACCGAAAAGAAAAAAGGAUAUGAAAAUGAAUAAAGUAAUUGUUAAAGACGGUAAAAAGAGGGUUGCACCCACCCUGAUAUCUACAGCCGGUUUACAGCCUACUGUUACUAACGUCAAAGAAGUAGCGAGUUCUUCAGGUAAGGUGGUAAAGCCAGUGCUAAAGAAAACCAACGACAUAAAUGAGUACUCUGGAAGACUCAGUACACCCUCUAUUCCAAUACCUAGACUUGGUAUACACACCCUGGUGAUGGGUCUAAAAGAAAGAGGUAAAGAUAAAUUUGAAAGAGGAGCUGAGGUAGGGCCAGAUGAUGAAUUAAGAGAAGCUAGUAACCAAAUUACAUUUGAUGGUGAAUCAUAUGGCCAGGAUAGCUUGAUGAAAGAUGAGUAUCGAAUGACCUUGAAUAAUCGUUUGACGAAAGAGAAAGUGAGCUCUAAUGAGCCAUAUUUGAGAUAUAUAGAAAAUACUGGUGUCAUAGCCGAUACAGAUGCCGUGCUUUUGGAAUGUGGAUCAAUUGAUGACUUUUUUACACUUGAGAUAAGAAAUGGUGUUGAAAGAGCAAUUCAGUUUGAUAGUGAUGCGCUAUUUGACAAUCCAACUCGCAUUCUUGGUUAUCAUGAAGGUCAGAGGACUAUUGAAGCAUUUAUUCCGAAUGUCAUCAUUUCAGGUGUUGGUUCGCCAGUUUCAAAAUAUUGGAGCUUGGCAACAGCAGAUGGUUUUAUAUAUAUAAUAUCUUACAACGGGCAAUUAUUGAUACCCAAAAUUAAUUUAGGUCAAAAAGUUGUUAAGCAAGUUGUUUGCUCGAAUUACCUGCUUGUUUUAACUGAAAGAGGUUUAUUUUACGCUUGGGAUAUCUCUGCAAAAAGGUCUGUUAUCAAGAAUGUUUCAAUACUACCAAUCAUAAACAAUGACCCAGUCGAAGGAAACAGAGUAAGAGUUAAUAAGUCCAUUCGAAAGUUUGAGUUUGAGGUUUCUGAAAAAACUGUGAUUGUGCACCUCACUAAUAAUAGAAGCUUCAAAUGGUUAGCAUAUUUUGGGUGUUGGUCCGAGAUUCAAGAGUUAGUGGCACCAAGAGAAACUGUUGCUAAUAUACUGCUCACUGAGAAUGAGAUUCCCCCACAAUCAUCGUCUAUAUAA